GGUUUAACGACCCUCUGGAUGGUGUAUGUAUGUGUGAGGGGGGAGCCUUCCGGCGGCGAGACUACGUUUCCCAGCAGUCCCCGCGCGCGCUUCCGGUCCUCCGCUGCCCGCUCGCCUUGUCCGUCCGCGGGUCGCGCCUCAGUUUCGGAGUCCUCCGGACGGGCAUGGAGUGACGACCCCCGCUCCUUCCAGCCGGGACCCCCGCCCGCCGGUCCGCCCGGGGUCCAUGCGGGCCCCUCCGACGCCAUGGGGUCCCGCAUUAAGCAAAACCCGGAGACCACCUUUGAAGUCUACGUGGAGGCCACCUGUCCUUUGGCGGCCGGCACAGAUCCGGAGGUGCGGAAGAGAUUCCCCGAGGACUACAGUGAUCAGGAAAUUCUGCCCACCGUGGCCAAGUUCUGCUUCCCUUUCUACGUGGACAGCCUCACGGUGGGCCAAGUGGGCCAGAACUUCACAUUUGUCCUCACGGAUAUCGACAGCAAACAGAGGUUCGGCUUCUGCCGUCUGUCCUCGGGCGCCAAGACCUGCUUCUGCAUCUUAAGUUAUCUCCCAUGGUUUGAAGUCUUUUAUAAACUGCUGAAUAUUCUGGCAGACUACACAGUGAAGGGCCAGGACAACCAGAGGUGCGAACUUUUGCAGACCCUUUAUAAAUUGCCGAUUCCUGAGCCAGCUUCUUCGGUUCAUCUCAGCGUGCAUUCUUACUUUACGGUGCCCGACACCAGGGAACUUCCCAGCAUCCCCGAAAAUAGAAAUCUGACUGAGUAUUUCGUAGCUGUCGACGUCAACAAUAUGUUGCAUUUGUAUGCGAGCAUGCUCUACGAACGCCGCAUUCUCAUCUGCUGCAGUAAAUUGAGCACGUUGACUGCCUGUGUCCACGGCUCGGCCUCCUUGCUUUACCCAAUGUAUUGGCAACACGUCUACAUCCCGGUCCUGCCUCCUCAUCUCUUGGACUACUGCUGUGCUCCGAUGCCCUACCUCAUAGGAAUUCAUUUAAGCCUGAUAGAGAAAGUUAGAAAUAUUUCUCUGGAUGAUGUGGUUAUCCUAAAUGUGGACACUAACACACUGGAAACCCCUUUCGAUGACCUACAAAGCCUCCCGAAUGACGUAAUCUCCGCGCUGAAGAGCCGGUUGAAGAAGGUCUCCAUGACCACAGGAGAUGGAGUCGCCAGGGCGUUCCUCAAAGCCCAGGCUGCCUUUUUCGGGAGCUAUCGAAACGCCCUGAAGAUCGAGCCAGAAGAGCCCAUCACUUUCUGUGAAGAAACCUUCGUUUCCCACCGGUCGGCCACCAUGCGACAAUUCCUGCAGAAUGCCAUCCAGCUGCAGCUUUUCAAGCAGUUCAUUGAUGGUCGCCUGGAUCUUCUCAACUCUGGAGAAGGCUUCAGUGAUGUCUUUGAAGAAGAAAUCAACCUGGGCGAAUAUGCCGGGAGCGCCAAGCUUUACCAUCAGUGGCUGUCCACUGUCCGGAAAGGAAGUGGGGCCAUUUUAAACACCGUGAAGACAAAGGCAAACCCUGCUAUGAAGACCGUCUACAAAUUUGCAAAAGAUCAUGCAAAAAUGGGAAUAAGGGAGGUGAAAAUUCGCUUGAAGCAAAAGGACAUCAGUGAAAAUGGCUGUUCCACCAUGCCAGAAGAGUCAACCUCAAGAACGACGCCCUCUCCCUUGGCUGAAAAGAGGGACCCCAAACUCCGAGAUGACCGGCGACCCAUCACUGUUCACUUUGGCCAGCCAAGCACACGACCGGUGAGACCUCCACUUCCCAAGAUCCAUCGCUCCACCAAGCCCGUUCGGCCGCCCAGACCGCAAGUUGUGCGAAGACCCAAAGGCAACGUUGCUGCGGAUGGUCGAAGGACAUCGGUCUCCAGCCCAGAACACCUGGUCAAGCCCACGCGCCACUAUACGGUCUUCCUCUUAGAGGAUUCUUCGGGCGAUGAGCUUCCUCAGGAAGAUGGUCCCGCCUCUGCCUUCUCUGACAGCUUUCUCUUCUCCGCUCCUUUUGAAUGGCCUCAGCCCUAUCGAGCUCUAAAAGAAUCUGAUAGCGGUGACGGAGAAGAAGGCAUCAGUCCUGAGAGAUUCCAAGAUGACAUCCAGGUUGACCCAACCACUCCAGAAAGCCCUGCAGAUAUCAGUCUUCUGGAAGACAUUUUUGCAGGACUGGAGGUGGCAACACAACCACAACCGCUCAGCCAAGCCAGGAGCUUAGAAGAUCUGAGGACUUCCAAAGAGGAAGAAGACCAACAAUGCUCCUUUGAUUAUCAGCGGAUGGAUCUUGGUUUUGCCGAAAAGAGCUGGACCACCCCAGGGAUGAAGUUUUCGCACCCUUAUAAGCAGUUCUGGGGCCUAGGCCACGAUGACAUGGCCCUUUCCACCAAGUACUCCCCCAAAUCUCCAGAGAGACCCCUGAGAAGUGUGCCUCCUGUCCCCAGGAGGCCUCAGAGCAGAGAGGCCAUUCUGGACCUCCCCGAGAAGGAAGUUGGGAGUUCUCCUGCUGCCCAAGGGAAUAUCACCAUCCCACGACCCCAGGGGAGGAAGACACCAGAGCUGGGCAUUGUCCCACCGCCCCCUCCACCCCGGCUUUCCAAGCAGCAGGCACCCCCAGAAGCUGCCCCUUGCCUUGCAGGGCCUGGCAACCUGUCCUCGGAGCUUCUGCAGGAGACCUUUGCAUCCAGAAACGUCUCUCUGGACCGGCCACUGGCUGCUUUUGCUCCUCACCAAGUCCAGCUUUCGUCCACUGCCAUCACCGAAGGAGAUCUGCUCCAACCAGUUAAGGUCAAUGCAGAAGGCACGAGUGGAGACAGCGAGUCCCUCCUUGCUCUUCUAGAUCCACUGAAGUCAGGAGAAGGUCAAGAUGCCCGCUUUCCGAUGGGCUCCCGAAGCCAGCUGGGUUCCUCAUCCCCCAGCCCUGCUGGCAGCUUCCCAUCCACAGAAGAAGACCUCAUGCCCUCUACAUCAGCACCCUUUCGUCAAUUGCUGGGAUACCCUCCCUCGGUGACACCCUUUGGGCCACCGUCUCUCAACCCCUUCGUGCAGGCCGUGCCAGCGCCCCUGCCGCUCACUCUAGUCAGGGCCCCGGGCGGCCCGUUUGCUCCCUCGUUGGGCCAUGCUUACAGUUCCAGCUACAUCACGUCCAACUCCAGCUUCUUCCAGCCCCAGAGGCCUCCCCUCAACCCUCUGACCCUCUCCAUGCCCAACCUCUUUGCCAAGUCUCCCUCAGCUCCACUGCCAGCUCCGCUGCUUUCCCAGAGCGGCGUCCUUCGACCGACGCAGCCCUGUGCCCCUUCUAAGAUCCGGACAUUGCCUCUUACUCACUCUGCGAUCAAGACGAGGCAGGCGGCGAGGCCCAGCAACCUCCCACUCCUGCCCCCCAAGACCAAGGUUGGAGACCCUGCCUUGUGUCCCUCUAAGACUCCGCUGGCUAAAGACCCCUUUGAAGACUUGUUAAAUAAAACCAAGCAAGAAGUGUCCGUCACACCCGGUAAAGUCGAGCAGUUAAGGAGGCAGUGGGAAACGUUUGAAUGAGCCCAGUUGGCAUCCGAGACUACUGAAUGUUGGGUCCACAGAAAGAGCAGUAUUUCCCCGAGCAAAGACAGGUCAACCAGCUGGCACUGCUUCCUCCCUAUUAGGAGAAAGGCCUGGCUGAGCCCUGAAUAGGAACAAGGAAGCCCCUCCUCUUCACCAUUUUGCCCACCACCGUCCUUGGAAAGGUGAUCUGGGCUCCUUGACAUUCUUCCACUUUUCCUCAAGAUAAGUAGACAAUAAGGUCAACCUUGCAUCCCCAUAAUCAUGGUCCUAUCACAAUUCCCCAGGUAAGCACUUGCCUCCAUGACCAGGUGUCCAAUCCAAACCAAGUUGAUCAUGAUCUGAACCUUUCCAGUUCAUUUUGUCGUACUUUCUCCAACGUAUGUUUGGCCGCAUGGAUUCAAGGCCCCAUGCGGUCCCUCCAACUCCCUUACCGGUCCCUCCAGAUCUCUACGCACAACAGUCUCCCCUUUCCUAAGCCACCCCUUUCAUGCCUCCGGGUUUUAGCAUUCGGGUGGUAGCACCACACCAUUUUUCAGGGAAGCUAGGACGUAACUCUUCAUACUCAUCCACCAGUUGGCACUACCAGCAAUUGUUAACUUUUUUUAAAGAGCAAGACACACGAUCGUGGUGUCCCCAAGCCCUCCUCUCACUGUGCUGACGUUACAUGAACAUAUAUGUGUAGAGUUAUUAAAGUGUUACUCGGCGGCUUCCUUCCCUGGAUGGGAGGAGGAGGAGGAUCUCUGCAAUACCCUGGUCUAUUAUGAAAGAUGUCGAUGGACAACAGCAUCCACCUGCUGCCUGAUGGAACAGGGAUGGUGGUGUUGGUAGGACGGCGAUGAUAGACACAAAAUGACUUUCACCCCUGGUUGUGGACUAAUUGGCUUUGGUCUUCAUAACCUGAAAGCCAGAAGUCCUUCUGUCUCUGUUUCAUCUUCUUUCUCAACUCCUACUGAAGACCAAGUUUUCCAUCUAGGAUGUUUUGGGAAAAGGACCCCCCACACCACAAAAUUCAGACCCACUCAUGGACCUCUCUUUACACCUGCCUCUCUUUUCUUUUCCUCACUUAAAUUUGGGGAGGGGGGGAUUUAAAAAAAAACCCUGGGCAGUUUGUUGUUAUUUGAAUCACUCGUUGUGUGGGAAUUAGGCUAGCCAAUUGUCUAUGUCCACAAGAACUCACUGUGUAGAUCACCACUCUUCAACGCCAUCUCUGGCUCCCCGAUGGGUUUCCUCCCAUUUCUAUCACCCUUGAUGAGGUUUUCCUACCAGUUGAAGAGUUAGUUUGGCUUCCAUCUCUACCCCUAAGCCUGUAGACCCCAAGAACCUGGUUGAUUCCUCCAAACAUGGGGACAAUCCACCUCUAGAUCUUCUGUCGGCCUCUGUCCAAAAACCGUGGCUUUUGAGGAAGCCCUUUCCAUGUUUUGUAUAAUCCCUUUUCCUGGGGGGAGGGGAAGGAAUAUGUUUUUUGAUAUUAACCUACUUCUGGAUAGUAAAAUAUUUGAAGCCCA